GGUACAUUUCGUAAAAAAAUAACAUAUUGUGACACUUUUCAGGAAACUUUCGUUUAAAAAAUACUUUGGUAUUCACACAUUAUUCGAAACCUGCUUCAAGAUGGAAUUCAAAUAUCAUUUUGCUCGAGUUGUACUUCAAACAUUGACACUCACGAUGGUGUAUAUUGCAUUUCAUCCCGUAAGUUUCUUGAUUCGUUGGAUUCUGCCAAAAAUUGCGGCCUUUUGUGGAAAAAAAGAUUACAAGAAGUUGGUUGAGCGGAGCAAUGUUCCCUUAGCGUCGUUGGCUUAUGUCGAGGCAAAUAGCUCAAUUCUUGUCACGGCUACAGUUAAAGGGCCAUUACCAUUGGAGAGGUUGAAAUUUGCUUUCGCCGAAACAGUGAAGCGUCCAGAAUAUGAGAAAAUGACACAAAUUCCGUCCCCUUUUCUUGGAUAUCUAUUCUGGCGGGCUGACGACAAUUUCAAAAUUAAUCAGCAUAUCGAGGAAAUGGAAAUUUCUGGGAGUAAAACCAAUCGAGUAGACGAGAUUAAGAAUAAGUUGCUAGAAUCUGGCUACCCCAUGGGAACAAGCCCUUGGAGGAUAUACCUCUUGCGCAACACUGGAUCUGGAUGUGACACAAUAUUUUUUAAGUUUCAUCACUCCCUCACAGAUGGAUACAGUCUUUUGCAUUUACUGGUUUACGAGAUUUGCAAUGUGGACGAUAUUUCGAAAACUUCGGAUUCAAGUACUUUAACCGAAAGGAAAUCUAUCUUUCAUCGAAUUAAGAGCUGCGUGCAAUACGUACUUCUCCUUUUACAAGCGUCCAUAAUGCUAAGUUUGAGCUCGGUUAUUCUUCCCGAGAAGAACCCAUUGCAUCAUCUCCCUCGGGAAAAGAUGUGUUUAAACUCUAAAUUUCAUCUCGUCUCUAGCCAGACAUCUUUACAAGUUGUGAAGAAUGCAAAAAAUCAGUGGAAUUGUAGUUUCCCUGCGGCUGUUCUUACAGGGAUUCGUGAAGCCUUAAGAGAUGCCAUGUUUGCCUUGGAUAAACGAAACAUAACCCGGGAAGUGUUAGGGAUAAUACCGAUCCGGAUUCCGGAACGACCCUCGUUCAUAACAAAUCAUUGGUCCCCCGUUCUAAUCUCAAUCCCCACGUGGCAAUCAUCUCGGAAAGGAGAAUGUAUUACGAUGUUAAAUUCGCAACUAAAGUCAAAACGGACUGAGGCUGCACCAAUGUUCAUGAUGGGUCAAAUUGUGGGUGGACUGCCCUCAUUUUUGCUACCGUUUACCGGAUAUACGGAUGUGGAUGCGGUUACGUUUUGCUAUUCAGACUUUCCUGGACCGAUUAGACCAAUAGACAUUGUUGGUCAAAGAGUGAUAAGUUUUGAUUUUAUUGCAAAUUUACCGAUUGGAAAUAUGGGGAUUAUGCUAUGCGCGUCGAGUUAUCAAGGUGCUUGGAAAAUUAAUUUGCUCGUGGAUGCCGCCAUUAUUCCAGAGAAUCAAAAUGCUCAAAAGUUUGUGGAUUCCGUUCGGGAUAGUAUUGUAGAUUUAGCUAUAGAGAAAUCAGGUGGGAUUUAAAUUCAGAACACUAUCUAAGCUCUCUAAGGAACCCUUUGUACAUAAUCAUCGCUAUAUAAAUUGCACAUUUACACGUGUAUCUGAAUUUUGAACAUGUAGGUAUGAAUGCACCUAUGUAAUUUUCUGUCGAGUAUAAUAAAAUAAAUUUAAUCACA